AAAAGCUGAAGACCAAACUAAUUUUACUAACUUCAGAACGAAACAUCUGUAAACCACAGGCUGUAUCACUGGAGUUGGGAGGAUCAUGGGUAUCUGCAGUCUGUCCUGUUUUCUGAAGAUUCUCAAGGGCGUGUUUUGUGGCUUGGCUCUGCUGAUCCCGAUGUUCCGGGGUAAAAUGGCUAACCCGUUCGGUAUCUGGUGCGAGUUUGUGUGGACGUUUGGACUGGUCGUGGCUGUGGUGAUCUUCCUGCUGGAGAUGUUCCUCUGUGAUAAGAUCGUGGAGUUGAUCGUGCUGAAGCACAGCUGGGCAGAUCUAGUCUGUGGACUUUAUCUCCAGGUUUCAGCCAUGCUGCUGGUAGCUUCUUUGAUCUACUGCAUCAUCUUCGUUUGCGGACGCUUGGCCUGCCUGGGCGACAUCUUCUGUGCGAUUUGCUCCAUCAUAGCGUUCGUUCUGUACACGGUGGACGCGGUGAUGGCCAAGCUGAAGUGCCCCAGCGGUUACCUCUCCAACCUGAGAGGACUCCUGCGUUUUGCUGAAAGCUUGGUGGCCUGCGUUCUCCUGGCCUCGGUAACCGACUACUUCAUGGGUGUGGAGAAGCACCACAAGCCUGCCGCCAUGGUGUGGUGCAUUGUGGUCUACGUAGUUUGUUUCCCGGUGCCGGUGCUGAUCAUCCUGAUCCACCUGAUUAAGCUUCUUGGGGGGUUGCUCUGCUUCGCUCUGGACAGACUGGAGGUGAUUUUUAACAUCGUCGCCGUGGCGCUGUACGUGUCUGCUGCCAUCAUCUGGCCAAUCUUCGCCUACAAAAAUUACAACGUUGGCCCCGCCCACACCAACAGGAAGCAUGACCGGCGCUUUCACGACCUGAACGCCGCCACGGUGCUGACGUACGUGAACUUAGCGUUAUAUGUGGUGGACCUGAUCUUGUCGGUGAUUGCUCUUUAUAAACGUAUCUGAAAGCAGAGAGCAUCUGGAUCGCCAUCGCUCUGGAUUUCAUAAACUACGAAACUACAAAUCCCAGUAACCCUUACAGGUGUUAACGAUCAGUAAUAAACUAUAUUCAACACAACAGCCAACGCCAACUCCUGUACAAACUCAACCUGCAAACUUACAUCUUCUUUUAGCGGUGGUUAAACACUCAGUACUGAAGGGGGCGCUAGCAGACAAACCAAAACACCAUGAGAUUUAACUGGAAAAAAUAAAAAACUUCGAUACAAGACAACUUGACUGAA